UCUGGGCGAGAACCCCGGGCGGAAGGCGCGUGGCCAGCGCGCAGGCCCAGAACCGCCCGAGCCGGGGCUGCCGGCGACGCCCCAGAGCGGAAGAGGGAAGUGAAGGCACCAGGCUUCGGGUUCCUGGCAGGCUGGGCUCGCCGCCGAGGUAGAGACUGCAGCUAGAGGAGGCCUUGGCCACCGCUCGGGAUCGGGGAUGUCGAAGAACACGGUGUCGUCCGCCCGGUUCCGGAAGGUGGACGUGGAUGAGUACGACGAGAACAAGUUCGUGGACGAGGAAGAUGGGGGCGACGGGCAGGUCGGGCCCGACGAGGGCGAGGUGGACUCCUGCCUGCGGCAAGGAAACAUGACGGCUGCCCUGCAGGCAGCCCUGAAAAACCCCCCUAUCAACACCAAGAGUCAGGCGGUGAAGGAUCGGGCAGGCAGCAUUGUUUUGAAGGUGCUCAUCUCCUUUAAAGCUAAUGAUAUUGAAAAGGCAGUUCAGUCCCUGGACAAGAAUGGGGUGGAUCUCCUCAUGAAGUAUAUUUACAAAGGCUUUGAGAGCCCCUCUGACAAUAGCAGCGCUGUGUUAUUGCAGUGGCAUGAAAAGGCACUUGCUGCUGGAGGAGUGGGGUCCAUCGUUCGGGUGUUGACUGCCCGGAGAACCGUGUAGUCCAGCAGGAACUGGGCUUCUCCUGUGGGUGUGGGAGUUGCUGGUACAAAGACCAAAACAACCAAAUGCCACCACUGCCCUUUGGGUAGCAUCUGUUUCUCUCAGCUUUGCCUUCUUGCUUCCUCUUUCAUAUCUGUAAAGAAGAAAACUACAUAUCCACUUUCCUUUCAUGAAAAUUGGGAUAAUAUAUAGGCAAUUUUUCAACAGGUGUCAUGCUGUCAGAACUAUUUCAGUGAUACGUAUACCAGUCUGUACAUAGUAUAAUUUACAUCCAGGUUUAACCACCUCUGUUGGCUGGUGGGGGGUUUUGUUGUUGGUGGUGUUUUUUGGGUUUUGUUUUUGUUUUUGACUAAUAGUGAUAAAUUUGAUGAGAAUUUGAUGCCGAUUUGCUAACUCAUUGCUAGCCAGGAAAUAUCCUUAUAAAAACAUGUUUGAGAGACUGGCAGCUGUUAACAUUACAAAACUGGACCAUACUUCCCUUAUUUAAGCAAAAUGUGUUUCUGGAACAAGUAGUAGGUGAACACCACUACCGAGUUCCAGCUUUGUGUCUGCCUCCAGAUUAUGUGAGUUUAAGUAUGCUCCUCCUCUCAGCACCCAGCGAUCAUGGCCUCUCGAUUUCUUUGUGGUCACCAGGGUCCAGAGCAAGGAGUCUUGCUCGACACUAAUGUUCCAUAAAAUACCACAGCCUGUUGGGCUUGAGCAUAAAACUUUUGUUCCAAUAAUGUGGCCCUACUUGGGAAAACUAGUCCACAUCAGAAAGGACAUGGAAACUGUGACGUAGUUCAAACUCUGGGCAGCCUCUGAAUGAAAUGCUGUUUUCCUUAGAACUAUAGUAGCUGCCUUAACCUGAUGCGGUAUAGAACCAGUAUUUAAUAUGCCCUAUAAAUGUCUUCAGUGUUCUUCAGGGUAAUUAGGAUCUCAAAAGAUUUGGUUCAGAUCCAAACACACACGCAUUGUGUAUUUUAGCUCAGUGUUUUUUAAAAGAAGAAAAUGCCACACAGCAAAAAGUGUUUACUUGUUGGACAAACCAAAUCAGUUCUCAAAAAAAUGACCGGUGCUUAUAAAAAGUUGUUAUUCAGUAGCUCCAAAUCCAACCACCUGAGUGCACAUGACCAAGAGGGAAAUCAGCCUGCGCUUCGUAUUUACAUUGGACACCGAAAUCACUGACUUACGUGAAAACUGGUGCAGAAAUCCUGUAAACUCUGCUGUUUUUGAUACUGCCUUUUGUUUUGUAAAAAUUAUAAAGUUGAAAAAAAUAAAAAUGUCAGUGUUGAUUAA